CCCAAAAACCCUACUCCCACCUCUCCGGCAACCGCAACCCAGCUCAUCCCGCCUGCCACGCCAUGGCUCUCCUCCUCAAGCCCAGGCACCACCACUCCGCCACCGGACGCUUCCUCUUCCUGCGCCGCCUGGGCGACGGCGCACCGACCCCACCGACCCCGACGGACACCUCGCAUCCGCCCCUGACCCCUGCCGAGACCAAGCUCCUGGACGCCCUACACGCGGCGCUCCUCGACCACCGCCGCGCGCACCCGGCCGCCCAGCUCCCGGCCUCCCCGCCGUUCGACCCGCUCCCGUCCCUCUCCGCGGCUAUCUCCGGCCUGCUCCCUUCCCCGCCUUCCCCCCACCUCCCGCUCCACCUCCUCCGCCGCCUACUCGCCCUCCGCCGCGGCGUCCCGCUCCUUGAGGCCGUCGCUUUUUUCCACCACCUCGUCCCCUCCCUUCCCGCCGACGCCCUCCCCAAUCUCUACGCCACUAUGAUAGACCUGCUCGCCAAGCACAACCAUUUCCCGCUCGCGCGCCACCUGCUCGACGAAAUGCGGGAGCAAGCCGUCCCCAUCUCAUUGCAGCUCCUCCUCGCCCUGAUCCGCCGGUACGUCCGGGCGGAGAUGUCAUCGGAGGCUGCCGAGCUGUUCCGCCGCAUGGAGGAGUAUGGCGCCGGGGCUCCGGAGCCCGCCACACUGACUUUCCUCCUCAGCGCUCUCUCCAAGAAGCGCCUUGCCAAUGAGGCGCAGGCGCUGUUCGAUAGCUACAAGUCUGUCUUUGCACCGGAUGUUGUGCUCUACACAAACGUGGUUCACGCGUGGUGCCGUGCAGGGCAGCUCGAUGAGGCCGAGCGUGUGUUCGCCGAGAUGCAACAAUCAGGGAUCACGCCGAAUGUGUAUACCUACACAGCUGUGAUUGAUGCAAUGUAUCGUGCAGGGCAGGUUCCCCGUGCGCAGGAGCUCCUGUGCCAGAUGAUUGAUUCUGGGAGCCCACCAAAUACGGCAACGUUCAAUGCCAUCAUGCGGGCGCAUGUCAAGGCCGGCCGUUCUGAGCAGGUGCUGCAGGUGCACAACCAGAUGCGGCAGCUUGGGUGCGAACCAGACAUUAUCACAUACAAUUUCUUGAUUGAAACUCACUGUGGGAAGGGGCAGGGCAACCUUGAUGCAGCAUUGAAAGUGCUUGCAAAAAUGACUGCAAAAGGGUGUGUUCCUGACUGUCACACGUUCAAUCCCAUCUUCAAGCUUGUACUUGUGCUCGGCAAUGUAAAUGCUGCACGGAAGUUGUAUGAACAGAUGAGGGAGCUGCAAUGUAAGCCGAAUGUCGUGACAUAUAAUUUGCUUCUAAAGCUGUUCAAUAAGGAGAAGUCAAUGGACAUGGUUCUGAGGAUGAAGAAGGACAUGGAUGUGGAAGGAGUGGAGCCCAACAUGCAUACCUAUGCAGCUCUGAUUGAGGCAUUCUGUGGGAGGGGGAACUGGAGGCGUGCCCACACAACACUGAAGGAAAUGGUUGAGGAGAAGUCCUUCAAACCCUCAAAGCAGGUUUAUGAUAUGGUAUUGGCCCUUUUGAGGAAGGCUGGACAGCUCAAGAAGCAUGAAGAGCUUGUUGAACUGAUGGCUGACCGGGGUUUCAUUAGCCGCCCAGCAAAUGAUGUGUUGUGGAACACACUAUCUGCUUGCUGAUCUUCAUGUGCUAGAUUUUUCUUGGAGUGUAAUCUCAUAUAAAAGGUAACCUUUUUUAUGUGUUGUACCCUAAUAAUGCUUCCUGAGUAAAAUUGAUUGGGUGAGAGGUAAUUGGGGUCAAAAUUUCAGAAGUAAAUUUGAGUUUUUGGGCACUAACUUUGUUGUUCCGCUAAUUGGUUACAGUCUUUAUGAAACUA